UCUCCGAGGGGCAAACCACCAAGAGUGAUAAACUGAAACAUACGGUAAAGAAAAACACAUGGGCAAGCUGAGAAAAAAACAGAUAACUCCACACAGCAGAAACAUCUCUUCACGUCCAUGAGUAUUUUAAAGCAAACCUCCCGACGCGCUCCAUAGGAUGUUAAUAUACAAAGAAAAAAGCAUCAGAGGUGCAUGGAAAUGGUGGUUCAUAUGCACCCUUCUCUCGCUUCUACAUGGAGUAAUAUCCGAAAGCAGUACAACCCUGGAUAUUAUGACAAAAUAUCCACUAAUUGAUGGACACAAUGACUUGGCACUACGUCUGAGGAUGCACUUUAAAAACCAAUUGAACAAUUUCAGUUUACAUAACAUUUCUAAUGUGGCUACAGAUAUUACACGCCUCACUGCUGGUCAUGUUGGAGGACAGGUUUUUGCAGCGUACGUGUUGUGCACGGCUCAGGACAAAGAUGCUGUCAGACUGACCUUGGAACAGAUUGAUGUAAUCCGUCGUAUGUGUACUGAAAACCCAGAGAUGGAACUGGUCACCACAGCUGAAGGAAUGAGGAACAGUACAAAAAUCGCAUGUCUAAUCAGUAUCGAGGGAGGCCACUCCAUCGACAGUAGUUUACCAGCACUACGCAUGUUCUACCAGCUUGGAGUAAGAUCCAUGGCCCUCACACAUACCUGCAACACCCCAUGGGCUGAGAGCUCAUCUAGUUUUUACCCAAAUUACCAGCGGAAGAAUAACAGCCUGACAGAUUUUGGCAAGGCAGUUGUGUAUGAGAUGAACAGAUUGGGAAUGCUGGUUGAUCUGUCCCAUAGCUCGUGGGAGACAACCAGAGCUGUGCUGAAACAUUCUGCUGCUCCAGUUAUUUUCAGCCACUCCUCAGCCUAUGCUAUCUGUAACAAUGUUCGCAACGUACCUGACAACCUGCUGAUGAUGCUGAAAGAAAAUGGCGGGCUUAUCAUGGUGAACUUCUACAGCAGUUUUGUAGCAUGUUCAAAUAACGCAAAUGUGUCUAUUGUGGCUGAUCAUUUUGAUCAUAUAAAGCGGGUGAUUGGAGCGGAAAGCAUUGGGAUUGGAGCAGACUAUGAUGGGGCACAAGGAUUCCCUAAAGGCCUGGAGGACGUCUCCAAAUAUCCAGCACUAAUUGAGGAGCUGAUAUCAAGGAACUGGACUGAGGAAGAGCUGGCUGGAGUGCUAAGACUGAACUUCCUCAGAGUGUUCCGAAAAGUUGAGAAGGUACGGGAUGAUUUGCUGCAAAUUUCACCCAGUGAGGUUGAAAUCUCACUUUCGGAAGUGAACAACAGCUGUCGUGUGAUGCUGAUCCAGCCGGUCUUGCCUAAAAGAAGCCACGGAAAUGGAAAUGCUCCAUUGAUGCCUGCGAAAGCUUUAAUCUGCUUCAUCUUACUUUGGAUCCAGUUACAGUAAUCUAACAAAACAAUGAAUCAACCGACCAGAGACUAUAUACAAAUGAAUCUUUACCACAGACUGCUUGGCCAACAAAACCAAACCUCAACAAGACCAGAGGUACACUUGAAGUCAAUUUGCUGACUGAAACUGACACAUUUAGGUGCUUUGACAGUUUUGGAAACUGUUAUGUUUGGUAAAAGUUUAUGAAGACCAUACGUUAUAACGGUUUCUUGGUAUGCAUUGCUAGUGAACAGUUCACAUGAGAAAACAAAAUGAGGUAAUAAACCGCAUUGUUGCAUUAUCUUGCACUUCUUUAGCAUAUCAGUAAGAAGCAUCUGUUUCUUUCGAUCUGUCUGGUAUUUCCCUUUUGCAGCAGUAGAUAUAAAAAAAUAUUUUUAUACAAAAUUAAUGUUUUAUUAUUAUUAUUAUAAUUACAUGAUGUCUUUCCAAACACAUUUUUCAAACACUCCUAUCACCUCUUCUAGCAUGCCCUUCUACCUUAAACUCUGAUGAACUGCUCAAACAAACAAGAUGAAUCUUUUGGAAGCACCAGAGAGCCAUAGCGUAUGCUUGUAUUUCUAAGCAGAUGAGACAAUCUGUUUUCGAUAAUACUGUACUUAUUUAUUAUGGGAGGAAAAAAUAUUUGUCAACUUUACAAUGCAAUAACACCUGUUUUUAAUCAACAAGUUGGCAAGUUAGAGGUCGUCUUUUCUGAGGCAAAAAUAAGAUGAUAUAAUACAGAAGUCAUGUGCACGUCAUAGUGCACUUUAUUGCAGCCUUUUCAUAUUUUCGUUUUUAAAAUGUUUUUCUUAAUACUAUACAUAAGUCAACUGCAUGUUUAAUUAAGUGUUUAAUCUUUAUCUUUAAUAUAAAACACUGUACAGAUGUAACACAUUCCAUAAAUGCUGUUAGUCUGUACAGUCUUCCAUAUAUUCUUCUAUUUGUAUAACAAAUGUAUAUUGUCUGUACAGUAAUCAUGCCCUAAAAAAAAGAAUAAAGACUUUGUAUCAGUAUCCAAAA